UUGAAGACUUUAAGUGACAAGUCAAGAGAAGCGAAAGUAAAAAGCAAACCCAGGACUGUUGCAUAUUUGCCGAAAUACGCCGCUGGACUAGAGUUACUUAGCAGGUAUGAGGACACAUGGGCUGCACUACACAGAAGAGCAAAAGAAUGUGCACAUGCUGGGGAGCUGGUGGACAGUGAGGUGGUCAUGCUCUCAGCACACUGGGAAAAAAAGAAGACCAGCUUGACAGAGCUACAGGAGCAGCUCCAGCAGCUUCCUGGUCUGAUAGCAGACUUAGAAUCCUUGAUGGCAAACCUGACUCAUUUAGAGGCUAGUUUUGAGGAGGUUGAAAAUCACUUGCUGCAUCUGGAGGAUUUGUGUGGGCAGUGUGAGUUAGAAAGACACAAAUAUGUGCAGUCUCAGCACUUGGAGAACUAUAAGAAAAAUAAGAGGAAGGAACUUGAAGCCUUCAAAGCUGAACUUGAUGCAAAGCACACGCAGAAAGUCCUGGACAUGGAGCACACCCAGCAGACAAAGCUGAAAGAGCGGCAGAAGUUCUUUGAGGAAGCUUUCCAGCAGGACAUGGAGCAGUACCUUUCCACAGGCUACCUGCAGAUCUCGGAGAGGCGAGAGCCUAUGGGCAGUAUGUCAUCCAUGGAGGUGAACGUGGACAUGCUGGAGCAGAUGGACCUGAUGGACAUCUCCGACCAGGAGGCCCUGGACGUCUUCCUGAAUUCCGGUGGAGAGGACAGCACUGUGCUGUCCCCUGGUUUAGAGCCUGAACAGGACAGCUGUCAGAGCGGAGUAACUCUCCAGGUUCCACAUCCAUCCGAACACCCAUCCCAGCCGCCUUCCUCAUCCUUCACCCACACCAACCCAUCCACCCCAGACCUGGGGGAAGGAGGGGACUGUCCGGUGGUGCAGUCUGACGAGGAGGAGGUCCAGGUAGACACCGCCCUGGCCACGUUACACAGUGACAGAAAGGCCACCCCAGACAUCAGUGAUGAUAGUGACUCAAAUCCGGACAUCUGAAUGGUCAGCUGGGCACAGAAUCCACCUGCAUAGCCAGGUUUUUGUACAGAGGGUCUUGAUUUUUACAUGGUUGCCAAUAAUGGGCAAGAAAUUGCCUGAGAGAAGGGCUAGCUAACAAUAAAGUUGGAGGAAUUUAAC